AUGCUCGCCAGCCCUGCCAUGGAAAUGCAAGUUGAGGAGACUCCCUUGGCUCUCCAACGCCUGUGGAACCUGACUAGAGCUCGUUUGGCCGGUACAUCCACUCUUGAUGUGGAACCAGCUCUUGGAGAAUCUUUACCACCAGCUCAGGAGUUCGAAGGCACCCCGAAAGCCUUGCUGCCAGCUCCCAGCGACUAUGAAAGCGAUGGUGAAGAAGCUUUCCCAGAGUUAGAAAUACCUGAGGCGACCGACGUGCCUAGCAAGGGUUUCUGGCCUGACAGUGCUUACACGAAGGAGGUUCUGUUGGACGCAAGCUCGUUGGGCGAUGUCCCUGCCGUGUACCGCGUGCCGCAACCCGCUCCCCAUCAGAUGCCAGUCAUUGGCGUGUACAUCGACCCCCGCGUCAGAACCGGCUUCCGUUACAAAGUUAGACCCAUGCAGGCUCUGGAUGCCCCUCCCCUAUCUGUGAAGCCGAGAUACUUGUUCGGAGGCAAGGCUCUCACCCUGCAAUCAAUUGGCCGUGGUUAUGCUCGCCGUCUAACAUUUGAGCCUGUUGGAUCCAAACUGAAUGAGAAUGACAAUUUCUUCUGGACUGACUCCAGGCCUGAAGGAUUUUUGUUUGAGAUUGAGGCUGUAUCUGUUGGAGACAAGUUUACUAUCUACGAUGCUAACCAUGAACCGCAGGGUAUCCUGGAAGUGGUUCAGCAACAGAAAAAUCAAAUUGAAAUUGAGCAGAAGAUUCAUGAGAACGGAUCCAUUGACAAGAAAGUCAAGAUAAACACUCUUUGCAAAGUUGAGUGGUAUGAAAACGAUGGUGCUACGAAAUUGGUGCCUGUGACCGGUGUCGCAAUCUUGAAGAAGGGCAGAGGAAACGCAACGGUGUCUAGGGUGGUUAAUGUAGCCAUCGGCAUCAAACAACUCAAGAAGGGUUAUGAACUCAAACCCGGCAUUGAAUCUUCCUCCAGGAGGGUUACCGUCAACGGUGGUGAUAUUAAAGACAUUCCUUGCCAGUAUUGCAUUGUCGGUUUAGAAAAAUAUGAACUUCCCGCCAUUGGAACCUACGUAGAUCCCCGUAUCGUUCCCGGCUUCUACUACCGCGUGCGGCCAGCUGGCAGCCGGAGACAUCUCUUCCAGGGCCGUAGCUUGCUACUGCAGUCUAUUGGCAUGGGAUACGGAAAACGCAUUACCUUCAAACCCGACUCUCUUAACGAGCCUGAGAACUAUUUCUGGUCCGACUCACACCCCGAAGGUAUUGGGAUGGAAACGCGGGCCAUUCAUCCUGGCAUGAAGUUCACGGUCACAGGAAAUGGGGGUCUGUUGGGAGAAGCAAGUGUAUUCCGUGCUGAUUUGCCCCAAGCUGAGGAAAAGACAGAAUAUGUGGACGUGCCGGGAAAGCGAGGAAAGGCAGUCGAGAAAUACGUUCAUGUGGAUGUGACAUGUCACGUAAAGCUGGCAACCACAGGAGGCGGUUCAGUAGACUCUGAAGUGCAUCUCAUGAAGGUGUCAGGAGUGGCACUGGUCCGCAAAGAACCGGGUGAAGUUGUCGCAAAACUUGUGAAGGUCUUCAAUGUCGGUUUGGACUCCCAGUUGAACCUGUUGUUCGCGCACUCACAGACCGAGCUGACCUUCCAUCCCCUGCCCUAA